AUGGCCACCUCCAUUACUGUUAAGCUACCCAAUGGCGUUGAAUAUGAGCAACCCACGGGUCUCUUUAUUAACAACGAGUUUGUUCCUUCUGCCAAGGGCGAGACCAUCAAGGUCGUUAACCCCUCUACAGAGGAGGAACUUGCACAAGUUCAUGCUGCUGAUGCCAGCGAUAUUGAUAAGGCUGUGAAGGCUGCACGAACUGCAUUUAACACUGUUUGGAAGAAUUACAGCGUUGAUGAGAUUUCACGGUUGCUUUACAAGCUCGCUGAUCUGUUUGAGCGUGACUUGGAGCUUCUUUCUGCCAUUGAAGCAGCGGACUCUGGUAAGCCCAAGGCCCAGAAUGCUGCUGGAGAUGUUGAGGGAGCCAUUCAACUGUUUCGCUACUUUGCCGGCUGGGCCGACAAGCGUUCCGGUACCAUUUGCGAGAAUGAUAAGAACACACUGGCAUACGUUGUUCAUGAGCCUCAUGGUGUGUGUGGCCAGAUUAUCCCUUGGAACUACCCCAUUGGCAUGGCUUCAUGGAAGAUUGGCCCCGCCAUUGCUGCCGGCAAUGUCAUUGUUCUGAAGCUGGCUGAGAACACUCCCCUGUCAAUGCUCUAUGUUGGUAAGCUUAUUGCCGAGGCUGGUUUCCCUCCUGGUGUCAUCAACAUUGUCAAUGGUUACGGCUCCGUUGCUGGUUCCGCUCUCUGCACACACCCUGAUGUCGAUAAGAUUGCUUUUACUGGUUCCACUGCCACUGGCAAGCUGAUUAUGAAGAUGUGUGCUGACACUCUCAAGAACAUUACUCUGGAAUGCGGUGGCAAGUCACCACUGCUGGUUUUUGAUGACUGCAACUUUGAAGAGGCGGUCAAGUGGGCGCAUAUUGGUAUCAUGAGCAAUAUGGGUCAGAUUUGCUCUGCUACCUCCCGUAUCUAUGUUCAAGAUACUAUUUACGAUAAGUUUGUCGAGGCUCUUAAGGAGCACACCAUCAAAACUUCUAAGGUCGGCGAUGUUUUCGACGACUCUGUUUUCCAGGGACCCCAGGUUUCUGCUCUGCAACAGAAGCGUGUUCUUUCUUACAUUGAGAAAGGCAAGUCUGAGGGUGCUCGCGUUGUUCUUGGUGGCAAUGCGAUCACCGGAAAGGGCUACUUUAUUGAGCCCACCAUCUUUGCCGAUGUUGAUGACUCUAUGACUGUCAUGCGCGAGGAGAUCUUUGGUCCCGUCGUGUGCAUUAGCAAGUUUAAGACUGAGGAGGAGGCUAUUACCCGUGCCAAUGAUACAACCUACGGCCUCGGUUCGGCUGUUUUUUCAGAGAACAAUUCAAGAUGUCUGCGUGUUGCUCGUGCCAUUAGAGCAGGCUCUGUCUGGGUUAACUGUGAUAACACUGCUUCGCCACGCGUUCCUUUCGGUGGAUUUGGUAUGAGUGGUAUUGGCACCGAGCUUGGCACUUACGGUCUUGACAUUUACUCUGUCAAGAAGGCCAUCACUGUUAACAUUGGUGUCAAGUUGUAA